CUUCUUUUUUUUUUUAUCAUCCCUCUCUCGUACUUUUUAUUGUUGUGGACAUAUUCAGUUAUGAUCUUUGAAGUUAUUUCCUGUUGAAAACAUGCAAUCAUUUCCUGCCAUAUACACCCACACAAAUUGUGUGUGUGUGUGUUGUGGUGGAAGAGGAAGGCACAGACACAGAGGUUAGAGAGGUUAGAGCGAGCUGCUGUCAGAGGAGCACGCCAGAACGCCGCUCGGACUCUCAAACCGACUUUUGAAGCCAUCGAGAACCCCAAAAUUAAAUGACAGGCUGGACGGCGGCCUGACCCGCCUUCCCAGUCCGGAGGAUUUCCAGUGAAGACCAACGGGUUCGUUCGCUGUGACAAAUUGAGGGAAGAGGAGAGGAAGACGAGGCAACAAGUAGAACCCUGGAGAGGAGCCGUGAUGAUGGAGGACCUGCCCGUCUACCACGGAGCCAUCGGCAAGGGGGAGGGCGAGAGGCGGCUGGCCCGAGACGGGCGGGACGGGUGCUACCUCGUCCGCGACAGCGACUCCGUGGCGGGCGUCUACUGCCUGUGUGUGCUGUACGACGGCUUCGUCUACACGUACCGACUCCACAAGGACGCCACGGGCUCCUGGGCCGCAGACACCACUCUCGGUGUGCGGAAACAAUAUUUCCGGCAAAUCAGGAACUUGAUAGCAGCUUUCCAGAAGCCGGGACAAGGCAUCGCCGUCCCUCUCCUCCACGCCGUCACGGCCCACACGGAGGACCAGACGCCGCCGGUCAAUGUCCGCCACGCUAAAUAUUGACCUCAUUAUUGAAUUAUGAACACACAAACAACCUCCCUGCAUGAUGCCGACUGUGUGUCUGAAGGGAAUGUUUCUUCUUCUUCUUCUUCUCUCUCUCCCAAUUAAUCAGCUCCUGUUAGUUCAAUCGAGGCAUUUAAAGCUCGAGCAUCCUCCCAGCAUCCCCCCCCCCCUCUGCGGCACAGAAAGAGCCUCAUAACUUUUCAGAGGUGGUGGCGUGUGAAAUAUUCAGCUGCUGAAACAUUAAUCUCCAUCUCCGCAUACGUAAGCUGACAACAAUACUGUGCUCUGUUUUCUUAAUGCAAUUCAGGUGUGUGAAUGGCAAGAGGAAAUAAAUGAUAUUGGUUGGAAAUAAACUCUUUUAAAUGGGGUCACACACACACAAACACACACACACCGGAGCCCCCCCAUCUGACAUAUGAUGGGGAACCAAAAUUCAAUUUGACAUAUUGAAGUACUG